UAUUGAUAGUCGUUUACUAAGUGGUUUUAAAUUACAAUUAUUUGUUGAAGAUGCUUAAACGAGCAGACAACGUUAGUUGCACUGUGUAGUGUUUGGUGUUUGUUGUUUGGUGUUCCAGGUAAAUGUUCGCAGCAGACGCGUUGAAGUCAGAUUAUAUAUUCUGGAUAUUCCCAAUCCUAAUUCUUCUCAGUGCAGUCGUCGUACUCGCUACACUCGUUAUUCUAUUCCUUAUUCGGUUGUACGCCCAAUUAACCUGUGGAAUGUACCGCGAAAAGACCAGAAUGGACGGAAAAACCGUGAUUGUCACUGGAUGCACCAGCGGUAUUGGGAAGGAGACAGCGCGGGAACUCGCCAAAAGAGGCGCGAAAGUUAUAAUGGCGUGCAGAAAUUUAGAUCUGGCUGAAAAAAUAAAAGAUGAAAUCAUCAAGGAAACCGAUAACGAAAAGGUUCUCGUUAAAAAAUUAGAUCUCUCAUCAUUUGUGUCGAUACGCGCUUUUGCUCAAGAUAUUAACAAAAACGAGCAAAAACUCGACGUUCUGAUUCACAACGCUGGGUACGCAAAUUCGUUCACUAAGAAGAAAACAGAAGACGGCCUUGAAAUGACGAUGGCCACUAACCAUUAUGGCCCCUUUUUAUUAACCCAUCUUCUAAUUAACUUGCUUAAAAAGAGUUCACCGUCUAGAGUUGUGGUCGUAGCCUCAUCUCUCUACAGACUUGCCAGAGUUAAUUUAGAUAACCCAAACCCAUUGAACACCUUCCCUGGCUACCUUUAUUACGUGUCAAAGGAAGCCAAUAUUCUUUUCACGAAAGAAUUGGCGCGGCGCCUCGAAGGCACAGGAGUAACUGUUAAUUGUCUGCACCCUGGUUUAAUUGAUACUGGCAUUUGGAGCUCAGUACCUGCACCUCUCAGUUGGGGCUUAAAUUUAAUAAUAAAAGGUUUCUUUAAGACUCCAGAACAAGGUUGCCAGACCACAGUAAUGUUGGCGGUCGAUGAAAAUUUGGGUAAAACAACCGGACAAUAUUUCUCCGAUUGUCAAGAGAGUUCGGUAUCUGAUUCAGCUAGCGAUAUGGGUAAAGCGAGAAAAUUCUGGGAGAUUUCUGAGAAACUUGUGCAGUUGGAAGAUAAUGAUCCUAGAAUAUAAGCAAGUGUGUAUCUUGAUUUAAAUGCGUAUAUUAAUAAUGCUUAUUAAAGUAAGAUAUACCUACAUAAUGUAUUAAAGCACAUUUAUCAUUAUUGUACAACAUAUAGAGCUAUAUUUUAAUUUA